AAGCAAGUGGAGUCAGCCAGCCUCAUAGCAGUGGCUCCCUCCGUGUAUGUAGCAGUCCUCUCGGUGAUAGAGAACAACUGACUGAGAGUCGGAAAUCCGUUCGUAAUCCAACGAGAAGACAAAAUAGCCAACAAUUCCCAACUACCGAAACAAGACCACCGAUUGGACGAGGAACCCACCGUAGUAGGUAGUCUGGAACUUGUGGAACGACAAGCCCCGUUGAAGCUCCCGGGGAACGCUUUCAAGGCUUCCUCCUACCCUGGCGGCUGUCAUCGGCUCUAUCCGUCGAGAAACCUUAGUUGGACAUCACCGCUACCAAGGCCGUCGUUGUGUCGUGGGCCUGUGUUUUGAGUAAGGGUGGUUCCACCACUAAGUGAAGAGAGCCAGCCACUCGUAACGCCAAACCAGCCAAAGAAGCCAGACCAACAAACCAACGAACCAAUAAACCAACAAUGGCGGGUUGCUUGGACAAUUUCCAAAUGCCCUCCUUAUUGGAAAACCUCAACAUCACGGAAAGACGCAACAAGCUGUCGUCCAUCUUGGCCGGUCUCCUCUUCUUCUUGGGUUGGUGGAUCGCCAUUGAUGCGGCCGUUUGUUACCACGACGACAUGUUAAACAUCUUUCACAUCUGCGGCGUGUUUGGAUCCCUUUCCAUGUUCAUGGUCACGGGCGUCUCCAACGGGCAGCUUCGCGGCGAUUCGUACACGACGGGUUGCAUCGGCAUGCGGGGCGCCCGCGUGUGGUUUUUCAUUGGAUUUUUGAUGGGAUUUGGCGCCCUCAUUGGUGCCUCAUGGAUUCUCUUUGGCGAGUACCUCGUCCGUAGCGAGAAGAACACAUUUCAUCCCAAGACUACAUAUCCCGGAUUUGCCAUAUUCUUCCAGAACGCUUUGAUAUUUUUCUCUUGUGUGAUCUACAAGUUUGGCCGAUCGGAAGAGCUUUGGGGAUAAAAUGAAGAAAGUAAGGAUAGCCAUUGAUUGACGAUGGUGCCUCUAACCAGGCAUAGUCAUUCUCUGUACACAGAUAUUGGCCCUGUUAUAUUGUCAAAUUACACGAAAGUCACUCAUUCCCUGCGCCUAUAUGUCUAAUGUACUCAGUAUUGCUACCUUGCGGAGGGAAUAAAUAAACCAACCACACAUUGUA